AUGCCUCUUUUAGGUUCCACUGCUGCUCCGGCCCUGACCUUACUCCCGCUUUUACUCCCGCCCCAGCUCCUCCUCACGCUCCUCCUCACGCUCCUGCUCCCGCUCAGCCCCAGUGCUCUCACAAUGGGUAGAGAUCUCACCAUCGCAAGCUACGCCCCCUCACCCUCCCCAAGGCGAGAGCAACUAAGCAAUAUGAACGGCUUGGCCAAUCUCGCCGCCGCCGCCACUCCCACUUCCACUCCGGUCCCGGCCGUAGUGCUGUUAUUUUCGGGCACGGGAGCAGAACCUUCGACGGCAGCUGGCGGAGCUGCUUCUACGGUAUUAUGA